UUUGGGUUGGUUCGGGACCCCGCGCUGCCCGCUGUGUGCGGCUGAAUCCAGACUUUAAUUCAUUGUGGCGGCUUUGGUGCUGAGAACGGCGGCGGCAGGCGGAGCGGCGCGUUCCGCUCUUUAAUAAUACUGGGUCAAUACACGGAGCGCCGCCGCUGUCUGCCAGCCCGCCGCAUCCGCCGGAGCCGCUUCACCCCGUCACCCGGAGGGGCUGUUCGACAAGGUGUGUUGCCGGGGGCAACAGCUGACUGACAAUGUCCUUGUGAGAGUGGGCGGGGCUACCUGGCCCUGAGGUAGUGAGGAGGAGGAGUCUCAGCCCUCGGCCCUCCCCUUCCUGCGACGGCCCAAACGGACGGACGCACAAACGGGCGUGGCUCUCCCUUCCCUCCUCCUCUUCCUCCUCCCCUCUCCUCCCCGUUCUCUCCCCCUCCUCCUCCCCCAGUCUCCUCCUCUCCUCCCUCCCCCGUCUCGCCCCUCGUCCCCUGCCACCAUGCUGUGGUCACGCUGCUGUUGGAGAGCCUGAGGAAGCAGACUCUGGAAGGUGACCCUGCUCAGCCAGGGGACUUCUACCUGUCCCUGCUGGACCCGAAAACCCUCGCAGAGUGCUGGCCCCCAGAUGGCUUGAUGCCUGAGAGCAGCUACUGGCAGCUCUGCCCUCCCUCUAAGUCCGGCCUGCAGGGGGGGUUGCUGAGCUCUAGUUUCCCCCCCGGCCCCGUGCCCCUGGUCUCCCCAGAUGCUCACCUACAGGAGGGGGGCGACCCCCUGGAUGGUGCCCCCUCUCAGCCACAGCAGCACCGGCCCCUGGCGCCCAGCACCUCAGCGUCCGAGCUGUCUCUCCCCGGAGCGCCGCUGGCUCCUCCCGGCCCCGGGCCCCCUCCUCCUCCUCCCCCGCCCCCUAAACGCCACUGCCGCUCGCUGUCGGUGCCCGAGGACCUGUCGCGCUGCCGCUACACCUGGCGGCCCAGCGCCUCGCGGGUCUGGACUCCUGUCAGCCGUCAGCAGUGUCACGGGGGAGCGGGGGGAGGUGUCACGGGUGGAGGGGCGGGGGUGGGAGGAGGGGGUAUAGGGGCAGGUGCGACAGUGGGAGGAGCCUGCCCUCUCCGCGCUCCCAGCUCCUCUCUGAACUCGUCGCUGCACUCUUCAUCCAGCCCCACCUUCUUCAGCCUGGCGUUGUCUCCAGACUCCCCGCUGCCCUGGAGCUUCCCCUGGGACCCCAGCGAGGCGGCGGCAGGGGGAGGAGCCUGCUGCUGCUUUUUCCCCUCCCCGUCCUCCUGCUCCUCCUCGCCCUCCCCCCUUCACCCGCCUCCCCCACCUCAGAGGCGUUUCUCCCUCUCCCCCGUGCUCAUCAGAGACUCGGCGGCCUCCACCUUCCUGCCUCCGCCUCCCGUGCCGAGCCAAGCGGUGGCGCCUCCGCCGGGCUGCUCCGCCGUAGCCGGGGCGGCACGGGGGGGCCCGGUGCCCGCCUCGCCUUCCUCGGCCUGCAGCACGCCGUCGUCUCUGCGCCGCAGCCUGCCGCCACAGCUGCCACGCUGCCACUCGCAGCCCUGCGACCUGCUGCUGCUCAAACCCGGUCUGAAGAGACGCCGCGACCCCGACAGACCCUGCGCCCGUCCAGUCCUCGACUUCACCAAGAUGACUCAGACACGCAGCAUUGACCCGCAGUGUCUGGAGCGCGGCGGCAGGCUGGCCUGCGGCGGAGACGUCUGCAUGGGCAUGGAGGCCUUCAUGGGCGACUUCAGGGGCUCCUGCUCGCCGGCCGAGUGUCUGGGCAGGACCAGCAUCGGGCCGCUGAGCGAGAGCGACGAGGAGUGCCGCGAGGAUGACGACGCCGACGACGAUGACGAUUUGGAGGAGGAAGCGGAGGAGCGCGAGGCGGCGCAGCAGGCGGUGUUUGAGAGGGAUUGUACAGAGCUCGACUUGAACUUAAUAGAAGAAAACUGAUGCAUUUGUAAAUGGAAGGCUGUUCUCUGUUUCAGUUUUUUAAUUUAGUUUUGUUUUGAAUCAAACCCCUCCCCUCUUCCUGGACCACCAUCGUCUCAACACUCCGCGCCUCCUUGCCACCAAUCAGCAAGGCUCUCAGGAACAACACCUUCUCUCAUUGGAUGAGCUGGGGUAAAUGAAGCUGAUUGAUGACGACAGUGAUGAUCUGACUGCCACCGGUGAAGACUCGGCGCUGUGGCUUCACCUGGAAUCCUCCUGGCUGCUUUUUAACAUUUCUGGGGUUGGAAAGCUGUUUGGGUUCAAAGUGAGGAUCUCCUCGAGUAAGUCUGGUCGCCAGUGAUGAGACGACACCUCCACACUCUGAGUCCCAGUCCGCCGUCGGUCCUCCUGCAUCUGAGCUUCGCCUACCUGUGAAAACCUGAAGCUGCUAGCUUCAGGCUAACACACCAACACGCCGUUGCUCAGGCGUCUGAAGCCCAGAUGCAGUUUUCCCUCUUCUGUGACUGGACUCAGAUUGUCCAGGUGCGUCUUGGCGUCCAGGUGUCUUCCAACACACAGCUGCCGAGUCUCUCUGUAACACACUACAGUCUGAUGAGGCCGUCACCGCGGUGCAGCUCCAGCCUGAAACACCAUCACCAGUCUGCCACGCAGUCCGGCACCACAAGACACAGACCAGAGACAGACCAGAGUCAGACCAGAGUCAGACCAGAGACUCACCAGACUCACACCAGAGACAGACCAGAGACAGACCAGACUCACACCAGAGACAGACCAGAG